GUUUGUCGGUAAGGACGUGUAAAAUCGUUGGUCUUAUGCUAGGUAUCUGAUUGAUGUCUUAAAAAUGGACCCCGCGGAUGCGCUCAGAGAAUUUGAAUUCGCGCGUGGUCAUCCACUUGAACGUCAGAACUACAUUGACCACCUACUGUCGCUACGUCCAACUCGGUCAUCAGAAUUCGACUAACAUUCCAGUGGAGUUUAUCAAGAUGAUGCAUGUACAGUUGUAUGCCUGCCAAAUUCAUGGCUUAUUU